ACUUUGUUCAAUCCCAUUUGUCUGAGGUACAGUUUCCAAGCUCUCUGUUCAUGCUUCCUCUUCCCUUUGAUCCUCAGACAAUCUGAACCACAGAAAAAACAUAAUAUUUCAGCUUCCAACUUCAAGAGCAUCCCAGGUUUCAUAUCUUGCCUUCAUAAAAAAAAAGAGAGAAGAAAAAGGAAAGAAAAUGGCAUUCACAGGAACUUUAGAUAAAUGCAAGGUUUGUGACAAGACUGUCUAUGUGGUUGACAUGAUGUCUCUUGAAGGAUUACCUUACCAUAAAUCCUGCUUCAAAUGCAGCCACUGCAAAGGAUUUCUGUCGAUGAGUAGCUACUCUUCCAUGGAUGGAGUCCUGUACUGCAAGCCUCAUUUCGAGCAACUUUUCAAGGAAUCUGGCAAUUUCAGCAAGAAUUUUCAGACAGGUGCAGCAAAAUCUUCUGAGAAGCAAGGCGAGCUGACUAGGGCUCCAAGCAAGCUCUCUUCCAUGUUCUGUGGAACCCAAGACAAAUGUGCCACUUGCUCCAAAACAGUGUAUCCUCUUGAAAAGGUGACAUUAGAAGGAGAAUGUUACCACAAGACAUGCUUUAGGUGUGCUCGUGGUGGGUGCCAUCUUACACAUUCUUCAUAUGCUGCCCUUGAUGGAGUUCUGUACUGCAAGCACCAUUUCGCUCAGCUCUUCAUGGAGAAAGGAAACUACCACCAUGUCCUGCAGUCUGCUACCCACAAGAAGAAUGAUCAGGCACCUCCAGAAGCAGCAGACUCUGACCCAAACCCAGAAGCCGAAGCCGAACCAGAGGACAACACACAAGAGCAAUCCUAGAGAAGGCACUUCAAGGACAACACACAAAAGCAAUUUUUCUUUCUUUCUGUAUUUCGUUUUCUUUUGUUGAGUGCAUUGCCUCCCACUGUUGAAAUUCAAAUCGAACUUGUUCACACAUUCUUUUGAAGUUAUUGAUCGUGUUUUUAAAAGUAACAAGCACGGGGCAGUGUAUUUAUUAUGUACUUUUUUCAAUUGAUUUUUGUUGGAUAAUUAUAUAUGUUAAAACUCACAAAAAUGGGUUCUAUUUUUAA